AGCACUAACCCUGACCGGCCUGGUGAUUUUAAAGAAUCAUUUGAUGUUGGAGCUGUCUAUGAUGAAAAUUUUGUAAGUUAGUGGCAGUUGGUAUGCUAGAACAGAAUAAAAUUGAAAAACAAGUUAAUCAGGUUUUCUUUAAGCUCACUUAUUUAUAUUAUUAUACAUUGUACUCACUACCUGUCUUCUCAUUGGCUUAGAGAGCCUACAGCUAAUUUUGGAAAUCAGUCAUACCUACAGAUUAGUUAGUUAUCUGCUAGCAGAUAACUGACUAAUCUGACUAAAACUGUGAAAGGUUUGAACCCAGGAGUCAUUUCAAAAGUAGGUUGAGUUUGAUUGUCCGGGUGAACGUAGUCCUGAAUAGGACUGUUGUUGUUGACAGUGACUUUUUGACAAAGGUUGCAACACCUGAAAUCUACCUAACAGAUCUAACAAAUUCAAGUGUGUGUAUGGGACCAAAGACCUCUUUCAUAAUGGUGGCCUAUUAAUAUAUCCUUUCAUAUGAUGAUAAUUAGCCUUCCCUUCAGAUGAUUUUCCAUAUAAUUUUACCCUCAAUAACUCAAAGUUUUUUCUAUUUCCCUUGAAGGUUCGAAUUAUCGGGAGUCAACUGUAAUUAUUACUGGACAUGAUUAAUUUUAUUGUUAAUAUUAUUUAUUAAUUGAUUAAUACCUCUUUGUUACAGAACUGGCCUAAUACUGAUGUGCCAAACUUUCAAGCCAAUGUGAUGUCUAUUUAUAAAUGUUUAUCAAACCUUGCUCUAAGGGUGCUGUCUGUGAUGGCUGUUGGCCUUGGAUUGGUAAGAAAAACAAAGAAUAACAAAAGCUUUCACAUUUUUUCUUACCUCUGUGUUUUUCUCUUGCAACUAAUCAUCGCUUGAAAGCUCACUUUGUUGAAAAUGGCUUUGUACGUUUAUCAAAGUAUUUUCAUCAGCAAUUCUUGUAUAGGCCACAAUGUGAUUGAAAGAGACAACAUAUUUGUUCCCUCUUACUGUGUGAGUCAUCUAUGCAGCAAUUUUGCUGGCUUGUCCCUCUCUCUGAACUCACCUCACAAACAAAACCCAUCACAGCAUGGAUUUCUACAUUACAGAGUGACCCCCAUAUAAACAUUAUCUAAGCUAUGCCCUUGUCAUUCAUUAAUGCAAGUAUACAUAUGUGACUACUGUAUUUUCUUGAACUUAUAAGCGUGAGAAAAAAACAGCUGACAUUUUCCAACACCACCAACUGUUUUCCUUGUGAAAUGACGGCCGAGGGACAGUCACAGAAAUUCUAUACUGAUGACAUGUCUCAGCUACUCAGAUCUGGGUAGUGUUUCUGACUGGUUGAAGCAAAAUGUCAGCUGUUUUUUCAGGCUAUAGAUGUAAAAGCCACCCUUCAAAAAUGUGGUUUUCACAAACAGUAAAUGAACAUGGAAUGAUGAAAAAGUGAUUGAUUUUCCUGUUUUUAAAACAGAACCCAGAUGCAUUUGCUUAUGCCUAUGAAAAGAGGGGAACAUUGUUAGGAGGGACUCAGUUAAGGUAUAAUUUCUACCCCAUGAUAACAAAUAUUACCAAAGUCAAGCCAGGUCAGAUUCGCUGUGGGGAACACACGGAUUAUGGUGGGAUUACACUACUGAUUCAAGAUGAAGUUGGUGGACUGGAGGUUAGAAUGUUACAAUGCUUUUAACCCUUAGCCUUUUCCAGGCGUUCAGAUUGUGGGGUGAGGCGCAAAGUCAGAGAGAGCGGGACAAAAAACAAGGAGGACAUCUCCUUCCCCACCCCAAUCUCUUGCUAUUUUUCUCUCCUCACAUCUCUUGGUGCCGUCCCCACGAUCUGAACACCUGGAACAGGCUGUUUUAACCUUUGUUUAAGCGUAAAAAAUGUCUUACAGCAAAGAGCCCAAAAGUGUCACCACUUUUGAUUUAUUCGAAUUCUUUCCUGCAGAUUUAAUCCAAUCAGAAGCCAGCUGGAAACUGUCCUCGCCCUUUGAUUGGUUAAUGUCUGCGUGAAAGAAUGUUAGUUAAUUCAAGGAGGUCAGAGUUUUGGGCUCCUUGCUGUAAGACCUUUUCUAUGAACAAACUUUAACUUUUUUUUAUGAAACUUCAGUUUUGGGGAAAAUUUAUACCACUCAAGUUAUUGACACUACAGUAACUAUAUAAAGUGACGCUCAAUUGUGUGGUUUUUUUCCCAAAAAAACCAUAGAGGAUUAAAAUAAUUGAAAUUAAGUCAGUUUAAUCUUUCCUACCUGACGAUCUUGUUGCUUUAACAGUUUGUAUCAAGAAGCUGUUAACGUAUUGUUUAAGUGGCUUGUAUUGACAUUGUUUUCUAACUGAAAAAUAACAUGUACCAAGGAAGGUUGUACAUCUUCCUCUAACUUACUAGAAAGCCGAGAGGCCAGUUUUCUUAAGAAGACAUUUUGGUUUAAUUUAGGUUACUAAUAUUGAAGGACAGUUUGUGCCUGCCAGACCUAUGAAAGGAACAGUACUGGUGAAUGUUGCAGAUUUGAUGGAGAGAUGGACUGCAGAUAAACUCAAAUCAACGGUAGGUCAUUUGAACUGCUCCUCAAGCACAUCAUUUUGUUCGUUCCUUUGCGUAUGAGGGUGAAAACGGGCAAAAGAGUAUGGAGCAGCUCGUUAAUAUUAAAUACAUUUUCUUUUAUCCCCAGAAUUACGAGUUUCUUUUUGUUCAAAAAGUCAUGGCGCUCGAAACAAGUUGUUUUUACAAAUGGCGCCGACAGGUCCGCAUUUUCUGUCUCCAGACUCUUAAAAGACUUUUGAAGUUACCUGUCAAUGAAUACUGGAUUUAGCGUUAAACUAUGAACAUUGAAUAUGACGGUCGACCUAAGCUUUGAAGUUCUUUGCUUAUUGUGCAAAUUUAUCUCGUUUUACCCUAGUCAAGGCUUGAACAAGCUCUAAGGGCUCCUAGGACGUAAAUGUACAUUAUCUUUCCUUAUUUUAUUCACUCGCUUUGUUUGAGGUCUGGACAAUGUAUUGUGACUAAUUGUAGCAUUCUACAACUUCACAUAAUAAAAGCUUGUUUCUUGUAGCACAAAUACGUAAGAACAAUACUGACCGAGGAAAUACCUGAUUUCUACUGAGUAUAAUUUUAAAAGCAUGUUUGCAGUGACAGUUGCGAUUACGUCGAGACUUUCCCGUGGAAUAAGGCCGUUCACUCUAGAAAAAAUUAAACUGGGUCAGUAACCACUUUUUUUCGAGAUAAGCUAAUGGCCUUACCCUGGCAAACAACAAUGUGUGUCCUGAAAUUUCUGCAUCCAACAAUCACUAAUCAAUAAAUUCCUUGCGUAAAAGACUGCGAGCGGUGAGUCGCGCGGGAAACAAGUAUAUAGCCAAACUGGAACCAAAAAAUCUUUGCAAGCGGUCAACAUUGGCCGAUUUUUGGUGCUCUUACGUCAUAGAUUUAUUGUUGCCCACUCUGAGACUUUUGGCGGGAAACAGUUUUAUUGUCAGACGUCAGAUGACCUUGAAGUAAAAAAUGAGGCAACGCAUUAUUGGGAAAAAUGCCAGCAAUCCCAGCUAUGUAACAUUAAUGUUUCGAAACAGUUUUUUCAGGCAACAUUGGCCUUACUAGUUACUCUUCAUUAUUUAUACAGGUUCAUCGUGUGCUUAUACCGGAAGAUGAAAUCAGGCGACGUGUUCCACGACGCUCCUUAGUGUUUUUUGUUGAUCCUGAUCACGAGGCAGUUAUUACCUGUCUGGACGGCUCUAAUAAAUAUCCACCAAUCACAUCAAAGGAUUGGAUUAGCAAGAAACUUGAAGAAACAUAUAAAUAUUGA